AUGAAGUUCCUCUUCUCGGGAUGGAGGGCGGGGUCACCUGUACUGGGAGCUCUUCCUCGAAAGAGCAUCAGAGGGCUUAGCAAGUCUGGAGACUCUGCUGCAGCAGGAGCGGCAGAAGCACCAGCAACCCCAACAGCAGCAGCAGCAACAGCAACAGCAGCAGCAGCAGCAGCAGAAUCAGCCAGUGCUGCUGCCGAACCCUUAGUAGACCCCUCAGCAGCUCUUACUGCCUUUUGGGAAGAAGAUGAGGCAUUUGGCUCAGGGGGCUGUGCGCAGUGGAAGCAGCACGCGCUUGAAGAGUUUGAGGAAGCUGCGGGAGGCAGCAGCAGUAGCGGCAGCAGCAGCAGCAGAACGCUUACCUGCAGCACCAGCAGCAGCAACAGCAGCAGCAGCAGCUUCGCGCAGAGCGCCAAAUCUUCUAAAGAGAAUAUAAAGCUGCUGGAGAAGCAGCUUCAAAUAUUAGCAGCACUUUUGGAAGAAGUGACACAAGAGGGCCCCUCUGUUGAGGGGGGCCCCCCUGAAACAGCAGCAGCAGCAGUAACAGCAGCAGCAGCAGCAACAGCGGCGGCAGCAACGGCAGCAGCAGCAGCUGAAACCGCAGAUUUAAGCGCAGCAGAAGCUAUAGAAGCAGCAAGGCAAAGUGCAGAAGCGGCACAAGCUACGGAAAGAGCAGCAACUGCAGCAACUGCAGCAGCAGCAGCAGCAGCAGACGCUGUGGUCGCAGAGGAUAUUGGUGCUGCUGCUGCUGCUGCCGCUGCUGCAACAGAUUCUCUGCGCAACAGCAGGUCCUGGGCCUGUUUGCCUGCGCAGCACGCGCUUGAAGAGUUUGAGGAAGCUGCGGGAGGCAGCAGCAGUAGCGGCAGCAGCAGCAGCAGAACGCUUACCUGCAGCACCAGCAGCAGCAACAGCAGCAGCAGCAGCUUCGCGCAGAGCGCCAAAUCUUCUAAAGAGAAUAUAAAGCUGCUGGAGAAGCAGCUUCAAAUAUUAGCAGCACUUUUGGAAGAAGUGACACAAGAGGGCCCCUCUGUUGAGGGGGGCCCCCCUGAAACAGCAGCAGCAGCAGUAACAGCAGCAGCAGCAGCAACAGCGGCGGCAGCAACGGCAGCAGCAGCAGCUGAAACCGCAGAUUUAAGCGCAGCAGAAGCUAUAGAAGCAGCAAGGCAAAGUGCAGAAGCGGCACAAGCUACGGAAAGAGCAGCAACUGCAGCAACUGCAGCAGCAGCAGCAGCAGCAGACGCUGUGGUCGCAGAGGAUAUUGGUGCUGCUGCUGCUGCUGCCGCUGCUGCAACAGAUUCUCUGCGCAACAGCAGUAGCAAACCUAACUAG